AACAUUGUAAAACCUUAAUAAAAAUAUAUAAACAUUUAAUUGAAAAAUCCUCUAUAAAAGCUAUUUUUAAGGUAUCGCUUAUUUAUAAGGCAUUAUUAUAAUAAAAUAUUAUAAAAGGUGUCAAAUACUGGACAGCUUGGCUGGUGUUUACAACCUGAUUAAGUGCUUGUUUUGGUACAGCUCGGUGUAAUAAUUACAAAUAUAUAUCGAAAUACAGCCUUUACAUAUGUUAAUAUAUAUAAUGAACAGUAUAAUAGCUUAUUGGUGCAAAUAAUCAGCUGCAGUGAUUAUUUCAGUCACUUCUGAGACAGCGACCCCUCUCUUACCCAGUCACCUCUUCUACUUCUUCACGUGUUUUCCGUAUUUAGUGCCAACACUGACUGGAGCACUAACACACCAGGAUGGAAGCCAGCGUGCAUUGGGAAUAUCCGCGAUUCCCUGCGGACCCCGGGAUUUAAACUGCCCGCCGACCCCAGCUCGUUUUGUCAGGCUUCGGGCACCGCCCACCCGGCAACCGGCGGAGCGCUAUGGGCGGCGCACCCGGAAGUGGCGGAGCGCUUUGAGCGGUGCACAGGGAAGUGGCGGGAGGUUCGGGUCGAGCAGCUCCGUGAUGGCGGCGGCACCGCUGCGCGUGCUGGCGUGUGGCGACGUGGAGGGGCGGCUGGAGGCGAUCUUCGGGCGGGUCCGCGCCAUCCAGGCCAAGAGCGGCAGCUUCGACAUGCUUUUGUGUGUCGGGAAUUUCUUUGGCUCUACUUCCGAGGCAGAAUGGGCCGAGUACCGCACGGGGGCCAAGAAAGCUCCAAUCCCAACCUACGUGCUUGGUGCUAACAACCCGGACACCCUGAGCUACUUCCCGGACGUCAGCGGCUGUGAGCUAGCUGAGAACAUCACUUACCUGGGCCGCAGGGGCGUCUACAGCGGCUGCUCGGGGCUGCAGAUCGCGUACCUGAGCGGCACCGAGGCGCAGCAGCAGCCCGCGCCCGCCCACUGCUUCAGCGCCAAGGACGUGGCCGAGCUGAAAACCUCCCUGCUCUCAACCCCAAACUUCAGGGGUGUGGAUAUAUUGCUGACAUCCCCCUGGCCCAGAGAUGUGGGGACUUUUGCCAACAGCGCGGGAGAAAUAGAUACCAAGAAGUGUGGCUCCAAGUUAGUAUCAGAUCUAGCUGCAAGUCUGAAACCAAGGUACCAUUUUGCUGCCCUGGAGAAGGCCUAUUAUGAAAGACUUCCUUACAGGAAUCAUAUGGUGCUACAGGAGACCCCACAGCACGUCACCAGGUUUAUUGCACUUGCUGAUGUUGGCAAUACAAGCAAGAAAAAGUACCUCUAUGCCUUCAGCAUCGUGCCCAUGAGCUCAAUGGACCCUGCAGAGCUGGUGAAGCAGCCUCAGGACGUCACCGAAAAUCCCUACCGGAAAUUGAGGAAGGAGGCUCCCAAGAGCAAAGCCCCGCUCUCUGCAGAGGAAGAACCAGCUUGUCAGUUUUUCUUUGACUUGAACAAGCAUCAGGGAAAGAAACGUCCCUCAGAAGGGAAAGAGAGAGGGGACUCCCAACCUAAGCAAGCCAAGAAACCCCCUCAGCCCACGGGGCCCUGCUGGUUCUGCCUGGCCAGCCCAGAGGUGGAGAAGCACUUGGUUGUCAGUAUUGGCACACAUUGCUACCUUGCCCUGGCCAAAGGGGGUUUGUCACCUGACCACGUCCUGAUUUUGCCAAUUGGGCACUAUCAGUCAGUGGUGGACUUGUCUUCAGAGGUGCUGGAAGAAGUGACCAAAUACAAGGCUGCUCUAAAAGAAUUUUUCAGAAGCAAGGGAAAGAGAUAUGUCCUAUUUGAAAGAAACUAUAGGAGUCAGCAUCUGCAGCUACAGGUCAUUCCUGUCCCACUGGACCUCUGUACUUCUGAAGACAUCAAGGAGGCCUUUAUUACACAAGCACAGGAGCAGCAGAUUGAACUGUUAGAAAUCCCAGAGCACUCGGAUAUUGCGCAAGUGGCUCAGCCGGGGACGCCGUACUUCUACGUGGAGCUGGACACGGGGGAGAAGCUGUUCCACCGCAUCCGCGGCCGCUUCCCGCUGCAGUUCGGCAGGGAGGUGCUGGCGAGCGAGGCGCUGCUGGCGCAGCCGCAGCGCGCGGACUGGCGGCAGUGCGCCGCCCAGCGGCCCGAGGAGGCGGCGCAGGCCCGCGCCUUCCGCCGCGACUUCGAGCCCUUCGACUUCUCCCUCCGCGACUGAGGCGGCGCUGCCGCCGGCGGCCCCGGGCGGGCGCCGGGCGGUGACGCGGCAAUAAAGGCGGAGUGCCGGAGCGAGCGGCUGAGCCAUGGAGCGGGCCGGC